AUCUAUGUAUAUAAAAAUGGAAUGAUGUUCGUUUGUACGCAAUUUUUUGAGCCGAAACGAGGCCAAUUUUAUUCGUUCUUUUUUUCAUAUUAUAGGGAUCCACUAGGGGAAGGUUUUUAGCAAAAAAAAUUUUUUUUUUAAAUAUUUUCUUCAUAUAAAAAAAGAAAAAAUCAAAAUAUUGUACAAAACAAAACUUGCUCGAUUCUUAGAUUAUAGUAAGUUUCGAAUCGACAUUCAUUUUAUGUGUACAACUUUUUUUGAAUUUUUCGUUAUUGUGAAACGAUUUGUGUCGUGUUGUAAUUAAAGAGUCGAAUACAGAAAUUUCAAAUGAUUCGAAUGAAAAUAAUGUUUCAAUUCAAUUAAACAAUGCUUUCCUUGACCAAUUCUAUAUGGAAAUGAAUGCGUUUGCAAACGAUUUUUUCGGCUAUGAACAAAUGUUGGAAUCGAAUGAAAAAGGAAAGAAAGGCGAAAUGAUAAAAAAAAUUCUUGGAAAAUUUAAAAUGAAUGGUGCUUCAUUGGAAAAAUUCAAAGAAGUAUACCACACAACAACUCAUUCCAACUCUGAUUUUGAAAUCCUGUUGGAAUUGGUGAUCGAUAAUUUUGUCACUAUAAUGGUCAAUGGAAAUUUGCGUGUAUCAGACCCUGCAUAUUAUUUACCAUAUCAACUUUUUAUGGAACAUAUGGACCAAAUGAACACAAAAAAGUAAUUUAGUUUUGUUUUGAUUUUUUGCAACAUUUUGGUUUUCAGUUAAUACAAUAAAAACAAUACUGUUUUUUCGUGA